UACUGUAUUGUACUGUGAAUCUCGGGAGGGGGGCUGCAAAAAAUCUCCUAUUCUUACAGAGGUUCAUGCCCCGUAUUUAAAACAUCUUAAGCCAGAUUGCGUUUUAACAGGUCACAGGACGUAGAUGCCGUUUUGAUUCACAUAUUUAUUUUGUUUUUAUUUUAGUUUAUGGUUUGUUUUUUUUAACUCUCCGGGAGGGCAGAAAUGGCGGCCAACAUGUACCGGGUCGGAGAUUAUGUCUUCUUUGAGAAUUCUUCAAGCAACCCUUAUCUGAUCAGGCGAAUAGAGGAACUGAAUAAGACUGCAAGCGGCAAUGUUGAGGCAAAGGUGGUCUGUUUCUACAGGAGAAGAGACAUCUCACAGAGCCUCAUCCAGCUGGCUGACAAACACGCAAAGGACCUGGAUGAAGAGAAGGAAAGCCCCUCAGAGCCCGAACUCAGUGAAAAACAGAAACAUCAACUCCGCCACAGAGAGCUUUUCCUUUCCCGCCAGUACGAAUCCCUCCCCGCCACACACAUCAGGGGGAAGUGCAGUGUGGCCCUCUUGAACGAGACAGAAGCUGUGCUUUCCUACUUGGAGAAAGAGGACACAUUUUUUUAUUCAUUGGUGUACGACCCCACACAGAAAACGCUAUUGGCCGACAAGGGGGAGAUUCGUGUUGGUCCACGCUUUCAGGCUGAUGUCCCUGAAAUGCUACAGGAAGGAGAACCUGAUGACAGAGACCAGUCCAAACUGGAGAUGAAGAUAUGGGACCCAGAGUGUCCGCUGACCAACAAACAGAUUGACCAGUUUCUUGUGAUUGCUCGAGCGAUUGGUACUUUUGCUCGAGCGUUGGACUGCAGCAGCUCCGUCAGACAGCCCAGCUUACACAUGAGCGCCGCGGCAGCCUCACGAGACAUCACACUGUUCCAUGCCAUGGACACCCUGCACCGGCACGGCUAUGACCUCUCCAGUGCUUUGAGCGUGCUCGUUCCUCAAGGAGGGCCUGUGCUGUGCCGGGAUGAGAUGGAGGAGUGGAGCUCAUCAGAGGCAAACCUGUUUGAGGAGGCGCUGGAGAAGUACGGCAAAGACUUCAAUGAUAUCCGGCAAGACUUUCUUCCUUGGAAGUCGCUGACCAGCAUCAUUGAGUAUUAUUACAUGUGGAAAACCACAGACAGAUAUGUUCAGCAGAAACGACUGAAGGCAGCUGAAGCAGAGAGCAAACUGAAGCAAGUGUACAUCCCUACAUACAACAAACCCAAUCCCAACCAGAUCUCCGUCAGUAACGGCAAAAUGGCUACUGUAAAUGGUGCAGCAGGAACAGGCAGUUUCCACACAGCCGGAGGCGGCCGCGCAUGUGAGAGCUGUUUUGCCGCACAGUCUGCUCAGUGGUACUCGUGGGGUCCCCCUAACAUGCAGUGUCGCCUUUGUGUGUCCUGUUGGAUGUACUGGAAAAAGUAUGGUGGCCUAAAGAUGCCAAGCAGAGCUGAGGGGGAAGAGGAAAAAACGCCUCCAAGCCCUGCACCCAAUGAGAUGCGUUCUCGUGGCCAUGGUGCCCGUCAGUCUUCCCACAUGGUUCCGAUAAGGAACAGCGGCAGCCCCAAAUCCUCCAUGAAGACUAAGCAGGCGUUCCUCCUGCAGGCCACGCGCCUCACCAAGCUGGCGCGUCACAUGUGCCGUGAUCUCAUCAGGCUGCGCCGGGCCGCGCGCCGCCCCUUUGUGCCCAUUAACUGUGGUGCCAUAAAGGCGGAGUAUAUGAUCCGGGUGUCAGAGGGCAUGACAGGGCGACCUAUGAAGCCCAAAUCUUCCCCGAGGAGCACCCUGACCAGCGUCUUGCAGUAUCUCGAGACUCGUCCAGCAAUGCACGUUCAACGUCCUCAUCGCACCCCUGGCCUACAGGUGCAGCCCCCACGGCGCCUACUUUCCUCUCUUCCCAGCCAUGGCCCACAUGGCAUGUUGGGAAAACGGAGCUACCAUCACCACAGCAGGGUUGAAUCUGCAGAGAGAAGAGCCAGUGCUCCAGGACAAGAAAAUCCAGCCCAUAUUGUGGGACCCAUUCUGCAGCAUAAUGGAAGCAGCACCGGUGCCUCCAACGCUCGUAACAGUGGCCUGAUGCUCCGCAAGAGACGACCCAACUGGAUCGAUGCUCCCGAUGACAGCUUCUUUCUGGUUUCCCGAGAGACGAGGAAGGCCAGAAGGCUGCUCUCCCGUUCACAGUUAAGAAGAGCGUGCAGACAACCAUGUGAGCAGAUCAGCCUGCGCAGGGUCCCCCAGGGGCCAGCGCAGGUACCUGUCCUGGCGCCCCCUCACCCCAGUUUACGGAUGCGAGGCCCAAUCGUCAUCCACGACUGACCCCCUCGCCUGCAUUGUUCCCUCAGCCUGUUCUGUCACUUUCUCAUUUGCUGCCUAACUCUGCACUGCACAGGCCACAAGCCACUAAAACACUUCUUAUUCCUCUUUAGUCUACUUCUUCUAAAACUUUCACUUCCUAUUCAGGACAAAAGACUCUCAGUAAUAAAGCAUUUAGCUAAUAACCCCCAAUAAAAUGAUACUUGUAUAUUCAGAACCUUCUUGGAUGGCAGCCUGCAAUUCUUGUUUCAAUAUCUUUCUAAGUACUGAAUGCUCAUGAAGUUUCAAUACAAACACUUUUACCUUGCAGCAACUUGUAACAUUAGCUCUAAGCACUUGUUUGAUGAGAAUCUAUGGCUGUGGAAACUAAACUUACAGGGUUCCACGAGUGGCCAUGCCUCAAAUGUGUAUCAUGUACAGUCAGGUCAAUGCUGACCACUCAACAGACUCUUUUGAGAAGUGUUAGUGUACUCUUUGUAUAUUUAGUUAGCUCUGCAUUGAAUGGUUUCCUUUAUUUCUCUGUAUCUUCUGUGCGUAUCAUGACAAGUACAAGUUUGUGAGCUGUUUUUAUAUUGUAUUCAAGCGAGGACUGGAUUUUAUGUUGAGUUGCUGGCUAUUAGGUGGUCUUAACUGAGAGCAUGUUCAAUAGAUUCUUUUAACUGGAGAUGUUGUAAUGAUUCGUGGAAGUCAAAGCAGUCUUUGCAACUCUUAAAUAUUCAUUCAGGAAUUAUGGUUCUGUUCCCCUGGACAUUGAAGACUCUUUCAGAUGCCCUUUGGAUGUUUUUAAGGAAGAAACUCAUUGGCUUUUUAACUUCAAAGGGCAAUGUGACCGCAUGUGAGUGUGAAACAAUAAGCUAUUUUGUUUUCUAUGCCUCAUACAUUUCUGUUGUAUUUCAUUGUGUGUCAAACAUUUACUGAAAAAUGCUAAAUAAAAAAGCGCAGUACAGAUUGUACGUCUAUGUGAUAAUAUGAAAAGCAAUUGAUGAUGCAUGUCACAGGCAGAACACAUGACAACAAACUAUAGAAAGGUGUACAGUAUAGCAUAUUAUAGAAUGUAUUGUGCAAAAUAAUAAUAAAUUUUCACACCCUCAUGUUGUUCCAAACCUGUAUGACUGUUGCAGAACACAAAAGAAGAUAUUAAGAAAACAUUUUUCAAAGUAUUAUCUUAAGUGUUAGAAAGAACGUCAU